UGAAGCGAGUAGUCACCUAUUAUUAAAAAUGGAUACAAUACCGCAAGACAGAAUCUUAGAAACUAAACCAGAUACCUUAACGGUAGUCCGUAAACAGUACAAUCUGGAUAAACCCGGACAAAUGAAGGAGGCCAUCAGUAUCCUACAUAAAUGGGUGCAACAACAGAAACAUUUUAAAAAGAAGGAUUUUAGUGAAUUUUAUUAUGAAGCUGUUAUCAUUGGCUGUAAAGGAUCAAUAGAAAGAGCAAAGAGCCAGAUCGAUAAAAUUUGCACCAUGAGGACGUUAUUGCCGCAGUUCUUCCAAGAUUGUAAUGUUAAAAACGACUUUGCGGACUUACACAAAAUUGUCCAUUCAGUGAUUCUGCCUAAAUUAACAGAUGAUCAUUAUAGGGUUCAAUAUAACAAGUUCACCGUGAACGCUAUCAAGCCUUCACAAUUCAUGGAGUACUAUAGAUAUAAUAUUAUUCAAGCUGAAUACAUAAAGGCCCACGACUAUUUAAACGGAUUCAUUAUAGUGCUCGACCUCACUGAAACCAAUAUGGUAGACUUUGUGUCAAAAAUAGGUCUCAGUGAACUGAGGCAAAUUCUAUCCAUUCAUAUGGAAGGUUAUGGAGUUAGAAUUAAAGCUAUUCAUAUUAUAAGUGCAUCAAAGGUCAUUAGCACUUUUGUAUCGAUUUUGAAACAAGUUUUAAGUUCUAAGAUGGCGGAUAGAAUAAAUGUUCACAAAAAUACCGAAGAAAUCCAUAAGCAUAUUCCAAAGGAAAUACUUCCGAAAGACUUUGGGGGAGACGAACGCUCUUUAAAAGAUUUGCAACAGGAAUGGCUGGAAGUACUUUCAUCAGAGGAACACAUGAAGCAUAUGCAAGUAGUUAAUGCAGCUGGCACAGAUGAAAAUUUCAGACGAAAAGACUGCUUCAAUGAUCAGUAUGCAGGAAUGCCUGGCACUUUUAGGUCGUUAAGUGUUGAUUAGUUGAGUUCUUUUACUAAAUCUUUAAAUGUAUUGUUUAUAAAUUAUAUCCAAACAAUUUGGAUACAGGUAUGUAUGAAGAUUGAAGAUGAAGAUUUAUUUGGAUCUUUUAUCUGUUUUUCCGAAGAGAAACUGGUGACUCGGAAUUGCUAUUAUUUUUCAUUCGAAUUACAAUUUAAUUUAUAUGGUCUGUAAUAUUUAUGUCCUAACAAUGGAAUUGUGUGGGAAGAUAAUUUCAUGAAAUAUAAAGUAUUAUAAUUUUACCUCUAUGUUUAUAGUUACAAAUGAAUAUGAAGUCGUUUUUAUUGUAUUGCUUUACUGAAUAAAAACUUCUACACUACAUAAAUUUUGUUUUUAAUCGGAAAAGGUUUAAAGAGUAGUAUAUAAUGUUUUUAAAUAUGUAGAUAAACUUUGCAGUUUCAUCCUCUUUGAUUUUAGGCUAUUGACGUGACCAUCGUGAAUACCAUGUUUUAGUAUUAUAGCAACCAAGUAUAAAAUAGUUACCAUUUUAUCAAUUAGUAGUGUUUAUUAUUUUUUAUAAUAUUUGAUAUAAUUGAAAAUAAACACGCCGCCGAGUUUCUUUCGCCAGUUCCCUCAGGUCCGUGGUGUUUAUUUU